GGCCUGAAGCCUCUUUCGCAGUCUGUCUGCCUGGCUGCUGCCGCUGCUGCUGCUGUCCUGUCAUCGGCCUGGGUGUGGUUUUUCGUGCAGGCUGCGGUACCGUUAGCAGGAACUCGAGCUCCCUCCCGGUCCAGUUCACUGUGAGGCGGAACAAAGAGGAGAGAAGAAAAAAGGACGGGGGACAUUUUUGACCAGCGCACGGUUCGAAGCUCUUCUGCUCAAAAAGCAGCGUCCGUGUCCUGGGGACGGGAAGGCGUUUUUCUUUUUGUUUGGCGCCGUUGUUCUGAUGGGAAAAAAAGUUUUCCGUUUUCUCUCGCUCACCGCUCGUCUCGUUUAACAACUCGCUACAUAAAAUCAUACGAACAAUUCCACAAACCCGAGAGGACCGGACACAAACGAAAGGAAAGAUGCCGAAAACGAUUAGUGUGAGAGUCACCACCAUGGAUGCUGAGCUGGAGUUUGCCAUUCAGCCCAAUACAACAGGGAAGCAGCUCUUCGACCAGGUGGUGAAGACCAUUGGGCUGCGGGAGGUCUGGUACUUUGGACUCCAGUACCAGGACACAAAGGGUUUUUCAACAUGGCUCAAGCUCAAUAAGAAGGUGACAGCCCAGGAUGUGAGGAAGGAAAGCCCGCUGCUGUUUAAGUUCCGUGCCAAAUUCUUCCCCGAGGAUGUGACCGAGGAGUUGAUCCAGGACGCCACACAGCGGCUGUUCUUCCUGCAGGUAAAGGAGGGAAUCUUAAACGACGACAUUUACUGCCCCCCAGAGACAGCAGUCCUCCUGGCCUCCUAUGCGGUCCAGGCCAAGUACGCCGACUACAAUAAGGAAGCCCACAUACCGGGCUACCUGUCCAGUGAACAGCUGCUGCCUCAGAGGGUUCUGGACCAGCACAAACUCAACAAGGAACAGUGGGAAGAGAGGAUUCAAGUGUGGCACGAAGAGCACAAGGGCAUGAUGAGAGAGGAAUCCAUGAUGGAGUAUCUGAAGAUCGCUCAAGACCUUGAAAUGUAUGGAGUCAACUACUUCAACAUCAAGAAUAAGAAAGGAACCGAGCUGUGGUUGGGAGUGGACGCAUUGGGACUCAACAUUUACGAACAGAAUGACAAAAUGACACCCAAAAUUGGAUUUCCUUGGAGUGAAAUAAGGAACAUUUCCUUCAAUGACAAGAAGUUUGUCAUCAAACCAAUUGACAAAAAAGCCCCUGACUUUGUAUUCUAUGCUCCGAGACUUCGCAUCAACAAGCGCAUUCUGGCUCUGUGCAUGGGCAACCACGAGCUGUACAUGCGCCGCCGCAAACCUGACACCAUUGAAGUGCAGCAGAUGAAGGCUCAGGCUCGGGAGGAGAAGAACCACAAGAAGAUGGAGAGAGCACUGCUGGAGAAUGAAAAGAGGAAACGGGAAGUUGCAGAAAAGGAAAAGGAGAAGAUCGAAAAGGAAAAAGAAGAGUUGAUGGAGAGAUUGAGGCAAAUUGAGGAGCAGACAAAAAAAGCUCAACAAGAGUUGGAGGAGCAAACACAGAGGGCUCUGGAGUUGGAGCAGGAGAGGAAGCGAGCACAGGAGGAGGCUGAGCGCCUGGAGACUGACCUGAGAGGUGCUGAGGAUGCCAAGAUGGCACUGCUGCAGCAGUCCGAGAACCAGAUGAAGAACCAAGAACACCUGGCCACGGAGUUGGCGGACCUGACUUCAAAGAUUUCCCUCCUGGAGGAUGCCAAACAGAAGAAGGAAGAGGAGGCAGUACAGUGGCAGCACAAGGCGACCGUGGUGCAGGAGGACCUGGAGAAAACCAAAGAGGAGCUUAAAAACAAAGUGAUGGCAGCUCACGUGCAGGAGCCGCUCAACGCUGAGAACGAGCAUGACGAGAACGACGAGAGCAGCGCCGAGGCCAGCGCCGAGUUCACCGACGCCGCCACGUACAAGGACCGCAGUGAAGAGGAGCGAAUGACUGAGGCCGAGAAGAACGAACGCUUGCAGAAACAUCUACUCGCUCUGAGCUCAGAGUUGGCCAACGCUCGGGACGAGACCAAGAAAACGGUGAAUGACAUGAUCCACGCAGAGAACAUGCGCGCCGGACGAGACAAGUACAAGACCCUGCGACAGAUCCGGUCAGGAAAUACCAAACAGCGCAUUGACGAGUUUGAAUGCAUGUGAUGUGCGCGCCAAUGCUAAGGCCCACAUGGCUGGGCUCUCUGCCUGGACUGCAGUCCUGCCUCACUCAAGCUGUUUUUUUCUCUGUGCGCCAAAAAAAUGAAUCAGAUCCGUAAAAUGACGCGGUUGCAAGAGCAUCGCACAAUGUUCAAACACGGAUCUGGAAAAAAUUCCAUUUGUUUCUGUUCCUAACUUUUAAUUUAGGCAAGUCACUGGUUGAAAAGGGACAUACUGUAUUUUUUUUAGUACAUUCCUCGCAAAGGGGUUGAUGUAGCAUUUUAGUUACGGGCUCGCGCCCCAUUCCACAACACAUUGAGUUAGCAUUUUGAUUUCUUUAUAUAUUUCUGUCAUAUUUGUUUUAAUCAAAUUUCAAAUUGAAAGAGUCAAAGACCAAUCCAAAAUUCCAUUUUGAAAAACUGUGCCUGUAGACGUAUCUCUGCUGUUCACAUACAAGCUGGAUCUUUCAGACAGUAAUAUUCCUCCCAGGAUGUGGCCCAUAGUUUUACACUCAUACCAAAUGCACUGUAAUCUACACAAGCAAAUACACGUGAUAUGACUCUGACACGUCUGGUAGGACCAUUCAUCGAGCAGUAUUACAAUUUAUUUACUCUUCAUUUGACUGUGUUCAGAUUCCCCCCGGCUGUUACAAGUAUUACAGUAUUCACACCCCGCCUCACAAUGUGAUAUUAAAGAUAAAAUUGUUUUGAUCUUUUGUCUGUUUUUACAUUAUAUGAACACCUUCAAGUCAGUUUGCAACUACAAUGCUUCAGUGUAAAAGUUGCUGCUCAAGCAGACGACUUCUUGAUUUUCUUUCAAAUCUGCAUAAAUAAUUAAUCUUGAAAAUUGAUUUAACAUGGCAUUUUAAAAAUUCACAAAUGAACUCUCUUGUGCAACAAAAGGGAGACAGUUGCAUUUCUGUUACAGAUGCAAAUAUCUGAUGCAAAUAUGGUAUUUGUUAAGGCAUUUGAUUAAUUAAUUUUACUGGCAAAGUCAGUUAUUCAAAAAUAGUUUAAAUCAGCGUCUUCCUCAGUUAAAUUUAGAAUUUAGUGGACAAUUUUUGGGGGGAAAUUGGAGUUGAGUUUUACUUUGCCUUAAUUAUGUGACUUUUUUUUUUUUAAAUCCGCUCAUCGGUGAAACUAAUAAUCAAAAAUAGACCCGUUUUGCAUUGAUAAUUAAGGGAAUUACACUAGUUGUCACAUGUGGAGUUGGCUUUAGUGAAUGAACAAAUGCCAAUAUUCACCUAGAAAAAUAGAAGUUGUAGUUUAAUUGUAACUCCUUGAACCGUUUUAGUUUCUGUUUUUCAUAAAAUCUUCCUAGAAUUUGAUUUAGAAAAAUAUUAUUUUUUUCGGUAAAACAUGCACUGGAAAACCACAGUUUAGUUAUGAAAUUAUUAUUACUUAUGCGUAUUGCUGCAAUAUUCCAUGAAUGGAACCAGGCCAAAACAUUUUGUAUGAAAAUGAAAAUUUGCAUCCUUGUGCCGUUGCACUUUUGGCAUACAGCCACGAGGAGGGGUCGGCUCGUUCAUAGAUAUUUUUUAGAAGUUAGUGUUUGAAAGAUUUAUUUACACUAUUUUGGAAAGGUCAAAGUAAAUGGAUUUUAGUGAUAAACAUAUCUCUUUAUUUCAUUCUUGUGUCUGUAAUUGAAUCAACAUUUGUCGUUUGUACCAAGAUGUAUUUUCAUAUACAGUGUCUGUGCCCCUUGUUAAGUGUAGUUCUUGUAUCUGCCAUGACGUGUAAAGAAAAAGCAGUUGUUGCUGUAAUCGGACACCUCUCCAUGCCUUUGACAAUAACUCUUUUAUGAUGCUGCACUGAAUGUUCUACCUGAAGCAACGUGUGUCCACCGCCUCCCUUUAAGAAGCGGAGUGUCAUUUGAAACUCGAGUCACCGCGCGUGACAAAGAAAUGUAUUGAAAGAUGCUACUCAAUAUCGGAUCAAAAAAAGGACCGAAACAUAAUUGAUACUAUAAAUUGACAGACAGUGCCUUGCCCAGGUUAAUCAUCAGAUCUUGCUGCUUAAAGUCUUUCUUUCAUAAAUGAAUAAAAGUCAGAUUGAACUGCC